AUGGCUAAGUCAACAAACUAUGUGAUUCGGAUGGCUGGGAUCCAGGAUCUGCCCCGAAUAGAGACUCUAUACAGCUCUUCUAGUACCCGUCACUUCGGUGAGAAGAGGAGGCCUCCCCUGAUGCAGCUGUUCUCUGAGCAUCAAGCCUAUCGGCUGAUUGUCUACGAUCCCAACCAAUUCACCAGCCUUCUGGCGUACUGCGAGUUCAACAUUCACCCCAACAUUCCAGUGCUGGCCAACGACCUGUGGCUGCACUGGCUAAGUGCCCGCUUCUGCUUGGACCUGCCCCUCAGUCUGCUGAACUCGAUGUUCUUAAACUUUUUCAUCUGUCGGAAUGACCAUCCCACCAUUCUAAUAGACAUCAUCAUGGAGUUAUUCUACAACGAACACAAAGUACAUUUUUUGAUUAUCGCUAUGCCACCAAAUCUCCAAAGGACCGAUGCAUAUGAUUCCGUACAAGCGUACGGCCAGAUAUAUUACCCCAAGUUGUUUAUAUUAUCGGAACAAAGAGGUCUUCCUUCGAUUAUUAUAAUCAAUCGCAGAGACGUCAUGCCAACCAUCUCCUUUCGGAAGGCACUACCCGAGGACAACGACGACAUUGUGGAGAUGAUAGACCACGAGGAGCCGGAGCUACGGAAGCAAAAUGGAGAUUUCUACAUAGCCGAGGAGCUUCUCGCCUCAGAAAGAACUGGGCAAAACGAGCUAAUCGUCGUUGCUGAGGUAAAAAUCUCCAAACAGUUGGCCGACUCUAUCGCAGGCCUGAUGUGGCUAACGGACAAGCUGGAUGUGGAGCUACUGGCAAAAAACUUUCAUCUGGAUCGACUCGGUAACCUUACUCGAUGCACGCCUGGAGCCAAACAUGGCCGGGUUACCUUCGAAGUCAUUUCGGCGCACACUAAGCCGUAUAAAGAUCUAUAUUCAGAGUCCGUACUAAUCGGAAAACAGAAAACUUCAACGGGCAGCGCCACGACUAUGUCCAGUAUAAUGUUCACGAAUAAUCCGUUAGAGACUGACUUCCAGCUAAGGCAUAGCCAUCUUCUUACCUCCCGCUAUAAGUCCAUCUACGAUGAUCUGCGCAAGGGUCAUUACUAUAUGAACGCAGAACCGGAGAUAUUGGAGAUUGCCUUCGAUCUGCCAAACGACGAAGAGCACUACGAUAAAGAAAAUGCAGUCCAGUACUUCAGGAGGGCCUCCAGCGCAUUUCUGCUGAAGAUGUUCAAUCUGAAUCCUAAGGUGAGGAUUGAGUUUACAUUUUUCUAUCUUUCUGCCAUGUUCAGCGCAUUUCCGGAGCUCGAUUACUGUGUGCUCAGAGUGCCACACACAUCGACGGGGUCCAAGAGUCUGAGAGAGUUGAUUAGGUUUUUCUUGCGGACUGCACAUCGUCCCAAUAGCACUGUAUCGGAUAGUCUAUUCGUUGCUCACCGCUGCACUCUGUUUGGGGACCUACACAUUUUUCCCCUGAAGAAGAGUGAACUCGAUGAAAUUACAACCCUGUUGCGGUUACCGUCUCCUUCUAAGGAGACUGUAUAUCCCGACGGGGAUCAGGAGAGUGGGAUAAGUUGGACAGUGUCUACCCAGAUACCACCGGAGGGGUGUCAAAUCAUUGACCAAAUCUUCUCAGACAUUUUCAGCAACGACGAAACCGAAUUCACCUGCUAUACCAUACACUGCGGCAACUCCAAAUCCCGCACUAUAGUUGGUUUUAUUGUGUUGCGGCCCUUUACUGACUAUGACGCUCUCAGCAAGAAAUUCUUUCUGCCUCGGGAUGAGUUCUUUCUGACUUACAGGCGCGGGGAGAUCGUCAUAUUCAAGCUGCAUCCUCUUUUCCACAUCUGGUGUGACAUAAUCGUUCGAUCUGUGGCAAUCCAAGAUAAUUAUCGAGAACUAUAUUACUUCCACCAAUUUAUGGGCCUUUCGUUGCCCAACGAUCUAAUGUACAACAUGAUGCCUGUGGAGCCGCGUCGGGUGACGAGGAAUUGGUUUCCGCAAAACGACACGGACGGUAUUAAGCGACAGAUUGAUACGGUUAAUUUCCCAAAAAUCAACUUCAUCAGCGAUCAUCUGCACGUCGUCUGCCACAAUCUGUUGCCCAGCAAGCCGAUGGGCAUUCCCAGUCCGUUGGUCAUUGUGGGCUUCUCUGAUAUAUGUCGGGCCUUCCUGCGCCAUAUUAUCUUUGGUUGGAACAGUAAAGACUUUGCCAAUUUCAAGCGAUACAACUGCCUGCCCAUGGUCGAUAUCACAGUGAUAGUGCCACAUGGCGUGGUGGAGGCGGCCUAUGAUUCCGACUUCAGUUGUAGCUAUUGUAAGGGGAACAAGCUAUGCUAUGUGAGCAUUGGCUCCAGCUGUCCCUUUGUGAAGGACGCCACGCACCGAAUGGAUCUGCGGCACUGGGUGCAGUUUGUUCCUGGCAAUCUGGAGUCUAUCGAUCGGACUGAGAAGGUGAUUCGCUUGUCGGACAGCUGUAAUAUCCGCUACGAAAGGUUACUUCUGCUAAAUGACAUUAGGUACGGGUUAAAAGACGAGGACACCACUGUCGCAAUGCCGCACAACUAUUCAGUCAUUAAUUAUCGCCUCGACAAAGUAAUACUCUACCACAAGCUGCAGAACUUAUUUGAAAACGAUUACCUGUGCACUCCGAUUAUCAUCUAUGGCUACAGUCUGGCCGUGUACGAGUGCAUCAACUUUCUUGUUACCCAUGGCUGCCAGCCAAAGGACAUCACAUAUGUGCAGCCGCAUAUUCCGGUGGUAUCCGAACAAAUCCUUUAUCCCAGAGAGGACGCUGGGUUGGAUCCGAUUCUCAUAGAGAUGGUGGCCGAUUUGGGCAUAGAAAUUUACUUGUCCGCCAACUUUAGCAGACUAAUCUUCUUCCCCAAUAAGGCUAACAUCGAGAGCGUAGAGUUCCAGCUCAUUCCCAGUCAGAAACUAAUCGUUUUGAACUGUGAUAUCUUUAUCAAUUUUAACGAGAGUUUCAUGUGCUCAGGAUUUGAGAGAAUACUGCUUGCCUCUGGAAUUGAGCUGUCAAACAAAAAAAUCAUUGUCAAUAACGAGUAUUGUACCAACGACCCCAAUAUUUAUGCCAUUGGCCAAUACAUCACCAUGGUUCCAAGUCCCAACUAUCAGUACACUCAUACCAAUCCCCAAGAGUGCGCUGAGAAGCUGGCUUUCGUCCUAAAUAUGCAGGCUGGAUCGACUCAGCAGCGUUUCUCGAAGGUGAAUAUAUUCACGGGCCGUCUACCGCUGGAUUACCAGGUAGUGAAGAUAGUUGCACCCCAGCCCCUGCUUAAGGCUCAGCUGUCUAGUGAAUAUAUGGAGAGCAUGACGACGUAUCAGGAUGGCGAUUUCUGUCGCGUUCGAGUGAACCCCAAGAUGAUUGUCAUGGAGAUUGUGUGCGUCACAAAAAAGAAAAAAAGCUUAUUGUUUCUCGAAUACUUUUGCGGCCGGCACGUGGCUCUGCUGAAUAACAUGAGGGACCGGUGGAAGAGUGGCUGGAUAGAGAAUUUCCUGGAGUAUUUCGAACAGCCCUGGACAGAACUUAUAAUGCACGAAAGAUUUCAGGAUCUACAGUUGAAGAACCGCCGGUCAUUGCUGGCCAUAUUGAUGAUGGAUACCAACACUAAUUUACGCGAUGCAGACAAUAGACACAGUUUGGAAGAGGCUCAGAGAAUGAAGCUAGAGAAUAACUUGAUUGAAUUUGUGCGAACAUAUCGCAAGGAAUUUGUCAAUGAGUUUGCUCUGCCAGAGGAGUUUAAUGCUCCUACAUGGUAA